AUGAGGGAAAAGGAAGGCGGAAAGCGGCCUCAACAACAGCUGAGUUAUCCCCGUGGUCCGCCUCCAUUUCCCCCUCCAAAUUGUCCUAGGUGUUCCUCUGGUAACACAAAGUUUUGUUACUAUAACAACUAUAGCGCUUCUCAGCCACGUUAUAUCUGCAAAGACUGUCGUCGUUACUGGACCCAUGGUGGAAUAGUUAGGAACAUUCCUAGCAAUAGAAAGCGAGGCCGGGCUAAUAAUUCUUCAUCCUCAUCAGCCCAUAUCUCCAAGCCACAACCCUCUAGACUCCCUGCAGCAUGGAGCACAUUAUCUCAUAAUGCUGCAGGAGUUGGAAACAGAACAAGUGUUGGUUGUGAUACAAUUAGGCCCAUAGUGACCGAAAGCGUUCAAUCAUUUAACGUUGGUGGUAGUGUUUAUAACCAACCAAGUUUAAAUUCUAGCCCAAGUGGUGGAUUAAAUGGUUUGAACUAUGCAUUUGGUGCGGUUAGUUCAGGGUUAAGUGGCGCGGGUCCAUUAACUCCAACGCUAACUCAUCAUUCUGCAUUAGAUGGGUUUAAUGAUUUUGGUUACUCUUUUUUUCAGCAACCACAGUUUCAACCACCACCUACAUUAUGGGCAAGUCAAAACAUGGGACUUGAUUGUGGUAGCAGCUCCCAGCAGAAUGGAACAUGGAACCCGAAUGCAGCUGCAAAUGAAGUCAGCAUUCAUGAGUGGCCCGAUUUUAAUGAGAUGGACAAUGAGGGUGAUCCGCUUCAAAGCUACAAACCACCAUCACCUUGA